AUGCUCGAGUGGUUCGACAGCAUCGAGGUUACCUUCAUUAAUAGUGAGUGCCCAGAUCAUUUAAAGACUAGGAGUGCAACUGGGAAGUUUCAAGGCAGAGCGUUGGAGGGGUGGUCGAAUGAGAGAAAAAUCCAUUCAAACGAAGAGGCCUAUGCUCUUCCAUGGGCUGAGCUAAGUCUUAUCGUUCCUCACUUGGUUUCUACUCUUAAGCAAAUGAUAACAAAGUACAUAAAUGGUCUACCUCCGGCUAUGCGUGAUUCUAUUAUGCAGCUCAACUGGAAACUAUUGAAGAAGUCUAUCGUUUGGCAGCAACCAAGUGGCAUCAAGAACAAGAAGCGGAAAUCUCAGGGUUCCGGAUGUAAUGCUAUUACUCCUGCUGCAAACCCUGCUGCUAAACCUGCUCCUGCCACUGCUGCUGCUAACCCUGCUGUCCCAGAAACUAAGAAGCAAUACACUGGGUCUCAUCCUAAGUGUGCAACUUGCAACUAUCAUCACCCUACUACUUCUGCAUGUCGUCUGUGCACCAACUGUAAUCGCUAUGGUCACACGACUCCUUAUUGCCGUCAAACUAACCCGGCCCCGCAAGCUCAAAAAGCCCCAGCGCAGUCAGCUUUACCAGCACCUCCAGCUCCUCUGCAGAACCCAAGGCCAGUCAAUGCUAUUCGUGCAUACUACAAGUGUGGAGAUACUACCCACCUCCGUAAACAGUGUCCUCAGCUGAACCAGGACCAACAGCCAGCCGCUCUUGGACGAGCGUUUAACCUUAAUGCUAACCAGGCUCGUAAUGACAAUGACGUUGUCAAUGGUAUGUUCCUUGUUAAUAACCUUUAUGCUUCGAUUCUAUUUGAUUCUGGUGCCGAUAAAAGCUUUGUGUCCGUGGAAUUUGAGUCUUUGAUAAACUGUACACACUCCAAGUUACCUGAGUCGUUCUCUGUUGAGGUCGCUAAUGGUAAUUCGAUACUUGUUAAUUCUAUCGUACGUGAAUGUUCCCUGACUCUUAACGAUCACGUAUUCUCUAUUGAUCUCGUACCCAUGCGUUUGGGUAGCUUUGAUCUUACUAUCGGUAUGGACUGGUUGCGUAAGAACCAUGCCGAGAUUGUUUGUCAUGAGAAACUGUCUUCCUCUUCCCUCUGGUGA